ACAGCUGGUGUAAUUGUUAAAAACUUUGUCUUUGACAUUGUUUUUGCUGAACUUGGUUUUUCCGAGACCCUCUUUCCUCAUAGGCUCGGUUUCACCCUCCCAUCUGCAGUCGGCCAGUUUCAGUGGCAGAAGAGGCCACAUCUGCUUCCUGUAGGCCCUGGGCAGAAGCAUGUGGUGGUAUCUUCUCCUCAUUUGGGCCCAGGGCCUGAGGCAGACUCUUCUUUCCACCUCAGGAGCUGUGGCAGGGAGAAUAGUAACAGCGGGCAACAUUUCUGCAGAGGAAGGCAGCUCUGUCACUUUACAAUGUCACCUCUCUUCCACUGUGGCGACGGUGACCCAGGUCAACUGGGAGCGGCCGCGCCAAACUCUGGCCAUUCAUCAUGCUGAACUGGGGUGGCACAUCUACCCAGCCUUCCAGGGACGAGUGGUGCCGGGGCCCGGCCUGGGCCUCACACUCCAGCUGCUGACGACCAAUGACACGGGGGAGUACUUGUGCAUCUAUCAUACCUUCCCUGACGGCAUUUACCAAGAGAAACUCUUUCUGGAAGUCCUGGGAAGCUCAGUGGCUGAGCACAGCACUGGCUUCCGGAUCCCCUGGCUUGGAGCCUUGGCCGCAGUGCCGGUGGUCAUCUGCACAGCAGUCAUCAGGGUGGUCGCAUUGGCUAGAAAGAAGAGAUCUCUUCGAGUCCUUUCUGCAGAAAGUGGCCUGAGGAGAAUGCCAUUUGAACAGGAGGAUGGGAGCCCGGGCAUUGCCUUAUCCGCUGGAAGCUGUGUCCAGGCAGAAGCUGCACCUGCCAACCACAGCAGAGGACAGAGGGAAGACGACUGUGCUGAGCCGCAUGACUACUUCAACGUCCUGAGUUACCGCAGCCUGGAGAGUUUCAACUUCAUGGCAGAGACUAGUUAGCUCCCAGAGGCAUCUUCUGGAAGACACGUUCCGUUUUCUUUGCUAUGCUGGGCUGAUGUUUGAGCCUCUGUACACUCCGACACUGCUGUGUGUGCGUGUGUGUGUUGAGGGCUGAAUAGGUUUCUCUGAUGUGUGUGUGUGUGUGUAUUCAGUGGUGUGAAUUAAUGUCAUUCUCUUCUCCAUCUUCAUAUCCUCCACCCUCCCCUUCAUUCCAUUAUGGCAGACCCUGGGUGAAUAGCAUGACUCUUGAUCCUGAAUGCAAAGUUAAAGAAAAAACAAAACAAACUUGAUCUCUCUUUGAAUCUGGCAGUUUAAGAAGAUCCUGCAGUUCUGAGAAAUGCAUUCGCCUUAAUAGAAUGUGCAGGGUUUGGGGUUUUGUGGUAGAAGAUGAUGAUGAUGAUGAUGAUGAUGAUGAUGGUGUGACUACAGAGUCACUCUUGUCUCAUUUCUUACUGUCACGUUCAUUAAUAUUCAUUUCUUCAAGGCAUUUUAUGAAUAAGGCAUGGUACCCGGUUUUGUGGAGGGAUUCAAGGAUGGCCAAUCUAUGGUCUCUGCCCUUUAAGAAUGUAUAACUAAGUGAGGAGAUAACAUUUACAUUAAGAAGGAAGUGAGAUAAGGAUAUAUGCCAGAGACCUUUGGAAGUAGAUGUCAGUUUGGAGUGAGGUGGUCAGGAUAGGCUUAUCUGUGGUGAGGUGACCUGGGAGGACAAGGUGGGACUUAGUUAAGGGGAGGACAAUGGGAACAGUGAGACUGUUCUGGUCAGAGCAGGGGCUUUGUCCAGGGACCGUGUAUGAGCUAAAGUUGGUGGAAGCUGAAGGUCCCACACCAAGGGAAGACUCUGGCACCAAGGGAGCCAAUGGGUCUUCAGAUUUUAUGCUGAAGGCAGGUAAUUUCAAGUCUUCUUUUGUUGUUCUCAGAGUCCAUUUGCGAUGGCAUGGUAUUGAGGAUUCUAGGCUUUUCCAGCUGUGUGCCCUGGAGAAGCCCACAGAAAAUGGCAUAUGUCCAUUUGAGGAAGCUUCACCUUGUCACUGGGCCAUAAUCCACCUUUUCUGGAUGAAUCUUUGAAAAAAGAAUCUGUUUUUCCAUCAAAAAGAAAAUCUGGGUUUGUUAAGUAGGUAUUCUUCCUAGAAAAAAAAGGGUGCUAGAGGGUUUACAUAAUAAACACCCUCUUUUUUUAACUAGCUUCUUUGAACCCGCUUAUUUACCCCCCGACCUCUUCAUGCUGGAAUGAGGGCAACAUCUGGGCUGCUUAUUUCUGUUUAGCUGGCAUUCAGGCUCUAUCUCACAGGACUUUUGCCCCUCCAUCACCUUUCUUAGAGGAGAGAGCAGGGAGACUGGAUUUACAGGUGACUGUUUUUUCUUUUAUGAGUGCAGAAACUGGGAGAGAAUGUGAAGAUAAAAUAAGGCAUUGCCCUGCUCCCUAAGAAUUAGGCCAGGGUGAACGAGAAGGUAAUUCUACUCCAACUCCUCCUUGGAUUUUAAUUUUUUUCACUUUCCUAUGAAACAGGUAUAUAGUUAGGACUCAUGUGCUGAAACCUGACCAGAGCUCCAAGUUUUGAGCUCCAAGUUUUCUUUAAGAUAGAUACAUAUAAAAUGCUAUUAUUUGCCAUGAAUGUUCACAGCAUUUUUUCUUGCAAAACUAGUGCAAGUCGGUUUGGAGUAGAACAGAAUUCAUGAAUUAGAAAUGACUAAAAUGUGACGAUAAAAAGAAAGUGGUGUUUUGAUUUGGAGGAGAUAUAUGUUGGGCUGAAGCUGGACUAAGAAUUGGAUGCCAUUUAACGUAAUGAUGGUAAUUGGGAAACAUUUACAAAUAGUUUCUGAUGCAUAGUGACCCCGUGUGUGUCAGGGUAGAACUGUGUGCACUCUGUAGGGUUUUCAACGGCUGAAUUUUCACAAGUGGAUUGCAAGGCCCUUCUUCUGAGGCACCCUUUGGGAGACUCGAACCUCCAGCCUUUCGGUUAGCAGCUGACCGCAUUAACUGCUUGCACCGCCCAGGGACUCCAUAACUACCAUUACGGUGGUGAUAAGAUGGCCUUUAACUGUUGGAAAUUGGUCACUAAAAUGAAAUUUCAUUCAACAGAAAAGAAAAUUUAAAGUGGAAUUCACGGAACUCGAUUCUCCUCUGAGAGCCAGAGAAGACAACCCCCGAAAAACCAGAUUCCUAAAGACAUGUGCUGUCCAAUAUGGUAGCCACUCUCCGUAGGUGUCUUUCGAGCCCUUGAAAUGUGGUUGGUUAUUGAAAUGUGCUGGACUGUAAGUGUAAGCUACAUACCAGUUUUGAAGACUUAAUGUGAAAAAUAAGAAUGUACACUAUCUCACUAGUAAUUCGCUAAAAUAGUAUUUUGGAAUACUGAGUUAAAUAAAAUCUAUUAAAAUUAAUUUCACUCUUUUAAUUUUCUUAGUGUGAUUAUUCAAAAAUCUAAAACUGCAUAUGUGGCUGGUGUUAUAUUUCUAUUGGCUUGUGCAGCUCUGGAUUCUAAAGUCAAGACUGAGCUGGUACCUGGGGAGGAGAGAAGGCAAGUCCAUCUCUAUCUAUUGGUCUUUGUCUCUUUAUUUCUCAUUCAAAGUAAGGUCUGAAUAGGUUUUUCUCUUUUAUUAUGGCCUUUGUGAAAUGUAUAGGGAAAGAUCACAGAGGAGAUUGAAGUGGGAGCUGCUAAUUGCAGACAGGAAUAGAACCUGUCUAAGCUCCCUUGGGUCCCCUUUUGGGUUCCUGGGCAGAAGGAAAAUAAAUGAAUUAAUGAAUGAGAGUUUGAGGAGGAAUGAAUUUACUGAUCUCUCGCCUCUUAUUUUUAUUUAUUUAUUUUUUUCGCCUCUUAUUACUCCACGUGAAGCUGCUCAUUCUGAGCCUGGGUUUAUAGAACAUGAUCUAUAGUACAAAGAAGUAUACUGCAUGUCAUGGAUUGAAUUAUGUCCCCCCAAAAUGUGUGUAUCAGUUGGGCUGGGCCCUGAUGCCUGGUAUGGUGUGAUUUUCCUCUAUGUUGUAAAUCCUGCCUCAGUGAUGUUAAUGAGGGAGGAUGGGUGGCAGUUGUGUUAGUGAGGCAGGACUCAACCUACAGGGUUAGAUUGUGUCUUGAGGCAAUCUCUUGAGAUAUAAAAGAUAGAAACAAACGAGCAGAGAGACAGGGGGACCUCAUGCCACCAAGAAGGAAGCACCAGGGGCAGAGCAUGUCUUUUAGACCCAGGGUUCCUGUGCAGGAAAGCUCCUAGUCCAGGGGAAGAUUGACCAGAAAGGCCUUCCUCCCAAGUUAAAAGAGAGAGAAAGCCUUCCCCUGGAGCUGACACCCUGAAUUUGGACUUUUAGCCUACUUUACCGUGAGAAAAUAAACUUCUCUUUGUUAAAACCUUCCACUUGUGGCAUUUCUGUUAUAGCAGCAUCAGAUGACUAAGACACUGAACAAAUGGGAGCCAUUUUGCCGCAGAUGGUCUUCGUGAGUGGACGAGACCUUCCCAUGUGACUUUAUUUCAUGUCUUUCCCUUUCUCCA